CAAAAGAGAAAUUGCGUAAGAAUUUGGUAGGUGUAGUAAUAGAAUUUUCCGGUAAAAAAAUGACCACUAAGGUCACUGCCGUUGUGUCAGUUCAUUGAAAUUGCAAGAAAAACAAACUGACUGUUGGCUCAAGGGAAACUAUCCCGUAUUUAAACAAUUACACUUGACGGACAAAUAAACGAUUCGAUCCCCGACAAGUUACAAAAAUACAAAUGCUUGUCUAUUUCCGUUGACGUUUCUCGACUGUAGCCUACAGUAGUUUGCCGGUAUACAAAUCGAAAACGAUUCGGCUACGCAAGGGUUAAGUUCAUAUACUCGGAAGCGUGAAUGCAAUUUAGCUUGAGUUCGCAGUUCAUAUGUCAGUGUAAAAAGUAUUACAACGAGUUAACAUUUGAUUUAUUUGCAUUAAUAAACUAAGUUUAGCAGUUUGUGUGUCGGUUUAAAAAGCAGUAGAACGAGUUAACCUUUGGUUUAAUUGCAUUAAGAAAAGCGUUGCAAAGGCGUUGAUUUUUGUUUUGUUUUAUGUAGACUUUGUAGACUCUUGUCUGUAAUUCAGACCAAGUGUAUAGGCGAAGGUGUAAUGGAAACGACCAGACAUGAACCAGUCAACACGACAGUACAAUACAACACAAUUGAGUCUUUCUGUACAACCACAAGCAAGCACUUUGCAAGAAGGGAUUUUAUCAAGGCUACCUAUUGUGACGACAACGCCGGAUUCUUCUAACGUGACUAAUAACGGGACAGUGAUACAGCCUCGACAUGUUCCAUUAUUCGACACUAUUGCAGUGCACACACUGAUAGUUAUAUCUUGUUACUUGCUUAUCGCCACCAUUAUUUAUACGGUGCGUAAGAAGAAAGACAAAGUGGCUCCGCACCUGCACAGAGUGAACGCUUUAUGUGUGGUAGCGACUUCUCUGCUUUUAUUUGAAUCAUGCUGGUUUCUGGUCGAAGUCUACGUAACCGGGUCCGCCACUUUUUGUACGGCUUACUCCGCCACAAAUGUCACGGUGGGCACAAUCAACAGAGCUGUGAUAUAUACGAUUCUCUGGCUUAGGCAAAGGGCGUUUUAUCGUAAGCGUCCAACAGCCUGCGCAACCUCGCGAACUAUCAACCUUCUCAGCAACGCGCUGCUCGGUGGAAUCUUAAUGUUUGCAUUGAUCCAAAUUAUGACAAUGUCUUCUAUUCCUAUCUUAUCAGUGAAGGGCAAGUGCGUAACUGGCAAGCCAUCAGGAUUCCUAAACAUCUUCGCUCCAAUUAUAUUCUUCAUCAUUGCGCUCUUCCAAGUUGUCCUCUUACUCCCGAUCCUCUAUCCGGUCGUCAAGCAUGUCCACUCCCGGAGGACUGGCCAGAACAAAGGAAGACUGGAUUCUGUCAUCACGAGACUUUGCAUCAGUGGUUCUGUGUGCGUCCUUACCGACAUUGGGUUUUUGAUUUUAUCUGCAAACGAUCACCCGUCCGUUUCGUUUAGUUUUAUUCCAAUAUGCUACGCUUUCAAUACGGUUAUAAACGUAACCUCGACGAUCAUGUCGUUUUCGGACUUUAGCAAUCGACUCUUGCCUCUACGUUGUGGGUGUGUACAUAAAAAGGAGGCGUCCUUAAUUCCGAAAGAGAUUGCACACCAGUUAACAGUUUCGCACAUUUGACGAAACACAAUUUAUUUGUUUUUACGGCGAGCCGUCGCAGUAUGCUGUCCUUGUUAUUGUUUUCGUUGCGCUUUUCUUGAUUAAAUUAUAGUUUUCGUUGCA